AUGUCUGCUCCUGUCAUGACAGCAGAGUUAGACAUGCUUACACUCAAACUUCAGCAAAAUAGCGGGCAAUCUCCUUUCAAACCCCGUGAAGUUAAUGACAUGUUUCAUGAACACAAGAAAUUACCUCGGAAUCCUACACAAUGGAGACCUUCUUUCCAUGUUAUAGCACCAACAGGAUGGAUGAACGACCCUUCUGGCUUGGGGUAUGACCCAGAAACAGGUUUAUAUCAUUUGAGCUUCCAAUGGAACCCACGCGGGAAUGAUUGGGGCAAUAUGUCCUGGGGCCAUGCUACAUCCCCGGACCUGGUGUCAUGGAAGACUUCCAUCGAUCCCAUUUUGACACCUUCCGCUGAAUAUGAUCGCCUCGGAGUCUUUACAGGAUGUCUACAGCCAACCGAUAUUUCCGGACAACCAGGAGCUCUCACAAUCAUCUACACCUCCGUUAGACAUCUCCCGAUACAUUAUACCCUACCAUACACACUCGGAAGUGAGACUCUCAGUUUAGCUGUCUCACAAGAUGGCGGCGAGACCUGGGAACGCCAGAACUGCAAUCCAGUACUCACUGGCCCGCCUUCUCAUCUUGACGUGACAGGUUGGAGAGAUCCUUGGAUCACAACUUGGGCCGAUGGACCUCUCUCCACACACACACCGUCAACACUAUAUGGCUUUAUAUCCGGAGGAAUUUGCAAGAAAACACCAACAGUCUUUGUCUAUACCGUCCAAGCAACAGAUCUCACCAAGUGGGAUUUCAUUGGCCCCUUGAUCGACGUCGGUCUCAACCUACGACCAUCUCGCUGGUCUGGCGACUACGGCGUGAACUGGGAGGUUGUUAAUUUGAUGACCCUGACCAAUGACACCGGCACGUCUCGGGACUUCAUCAUUAUGGGAGCCGAAGGCUGUGUGCCGUUGGAUGCUUCAAAUCAAGACGGAGCCCAAGAAGCACGUCGGAGACGGGCAGCGCGAAGCCAGCUCUGGAUGUCCAUCAAAUCCAACGGAGUAAAGAAGGCUACUGUCAAAGACAGUCCUUUAGCCUCUUAUGCAUUCUCUGGCAUCUUCGACCACGGCUGCUACUAUGCAGCCAACUCGUUCUACGACCCUCAAACUUCGCAACAUAUCGUCUAUGGCUGGAUUACGGAAGAGGACCUGUCCGAUUCCCUGCGUCAUCGCCAAGGAUUCAGCGGCUUGGUUUCACUUCCUCGUGUGGUGGGAUUGAUGACAUUGAAAAAUGUCAAGAAGGCACGAACCUGCCGGUUGAGUUCGAUCACUUCAAUUGACGCAGUCCCCGAUGCACCAGGCACUGGUACCUCCACGAUUUAUACCAUGAAGAUCAGCCCAGAUAGCCGACUACAGCAGCUGAGACGAAAUGCCCGGGAGAGCCAGCUCGCUGACAUUGCCCUGUCGACGUCACCUUCACAAACUGCUACGCUUUGGGGGACAUCUAAAUGGGAAAUCGAUGCCGAAUUUUCCGUUGGCCAAUCUUGUGCCCGUGUGGGGAUCAAGAUUCCACACACUUCUGAUGGUCAAAACUGCACGACCCUUUCCUGGCAUCCACGAAGUGAGACCUUCGAAGUCCAUCGACCAAUGAUAGGCAACAUCGAUGUAAAUCACGGCUAUGAAACUGCUCCGCACACGCUAUUUACUUCCUUGAAUCAGCGUGGCGAAGAGGUCGAAGAGACGCUUCGAGUACACGCCUACUUUGACUCAAGUGUGCUAGAAGUGUUUGUCAAUGAUAGAACGGUCAUCACCACACGAAUCUACUACCCAGAAGAUCAUUGCUUCGAACCACUGUUCUUCGCAGAGCCUGAAGCCGAAGAUUAUGAACAGCCAGCUGCGGUUCUCGUACAAGCAUCUAUUUGGGAUGGUCUUGGAGUAUGA